AUGCCUUGGUGGCUUAGUUGGUUAAAGCGUGAGUCUCAUAAUCUCAAGGUCGUGGGUUCGACUCCCACCCGGGGCAAAGAUUUUUUUAUUUCUACUUUAGAAAUUUUUUUUUAUCAGAUUCAUGAUGAGAUUUAUGAGAAUUGUUUUUUGUCAAUUGGUGAACUAGAGCAACGCUGCGGAUGGGGUUAACGUGCUAGGAGUCUGAAGGUACGCGAAUCUUUUAGGUUCUGAUUAUAUGACAAGAGUACGGUAGGCAUACUGAAUAUAGAGAGAGAGAGUGAAUGGAAACCUCCCAACCCUCAUUUUUAGUUAGUAAGCCUUAUUGACCCCCCGAUCUACCUCAAAGAACUUUUGGACUACUCGUGAUCGUAUACCAGUUGGACCGGAGAGACUGAGAGCGGCGAUGGAGAAUCAUACAGGGAAUAGCGGGGAGGACAGAAGGCAGAAUAUCCAUGACCCGUCUGUUGCGCGAGUGAGGUUUCCACAGACGUCAUUGGCAUCGUCGUCGUCGUCGAGUAGAUUGGAGGAGUUGAUGCGGCAGCGGCGGGCGCUGGAGGAUGAGCUUGACUCGCUUAUUCAGGUUCUGGAAUCGCAUCAUGUUGAUAUGAGCACACCGCUGCUGACGUCUGAUGGGUUCCCGCGAGACGAUAUAGAUGUUGCGCAAGUGCGGAUCACGCGAACACGAGUCAUCCGUCUCCGCAACGAUCUCAAGCGUCUGAUGCUACAAAUGGAAGAAGUCCUGCACGAGCACCACGCCAGUAUACGCGAAGCAAUGUCUUCCGGCGGGCUUGCCUCUGGCAUGCUCCUGAAUCGAGGCGGCGGCGUCGGUAAUGGCGCGGGCGCAGAGGUGGAUGGGGUCGCGUUCGCGGUCGUGAAUUCGGUAGAAGAUCGGAGUCCUGCUCAUGAAGCUGGCCUGCUUAGAGGUGACAAGAUCGUCAAGUUUGGAGACGUGAACGCGGAGAACCAUCAGCAUCUUUCGCGGCUAUCCACAGUGGUCCAGCAAAACCAAGGCAGACCGAUCGAGAUCUCCCUGAUCCGCGACAUUGGCGGCGCGCAGGCACGAGCACAGAUUAAUAUCCAAUUGACGCCGCGGUCUGGGUGGGGAGGUAGGGGGACGUUAGGAUGUCAUAUUAUACCGCUCUGAGACGGUGGUUGUGGUGGUGGGUUUAGCAUUGUAUCCUGGGUGGUUUAGAAUGAAAGAUUGCAGGGAAAUGCAUAUCAGAUUUUUGUGGGACUAUUGGGUUGGCUAGUGAUGAAACUGCAGCUGAGCUAUUGAUUCCGAGGGUAGUCUAUCGGAUUGCUGUCUUGUGCAAGUAUCUAUCGAGAUAGUCCGAGGGGAUGAUAGCCUUAACUUGACGUAUAUCAAUCGCCGCAAGGUAGUAUAGCUGGCGUCAGCCUACCCACACCAUUCAAGCUUAAAGCAAUAGCCAUAAUCUAUCCGGAGGCCUUAAUUAAUAUAUAAAAGAACCUUCAAAACAAUUGCGAUAACAAUAAGAAAGAAAGAGAGCAAACAGUCG